AUGUCAUUGGAAUAUCGUUUAGUUGCACUAUUGCUAUUUGUUACAUUAUGGAUUUAUAUUAUCUAUGAAAUAAAACAUUCAUCAAUGAUUAUACUGGGUGGAGAAUUUGAUCCAGUUUGUAAAUAUAAAAUGAAGCCAAUGUAUCAACCUUAUUAUGAUUUUCAUAAUGAUACUAUACAUAUUGCUAUGCUAUUAGCUGAUGGUAUUGACAAUUGUUAUCAAGCUGAAACACAAAUUAAAUCAAUUUUAUUCCAUCAAAAAAGAUGGUAUCCAUCUAAAGAUGAUUGUUGUCAUUUUAAACAUUUCACACAUAUUAAUUCAAAUUGGUUAACAGCAAUUGAUCGUGUUCAAUCAUUUAAUGAAGCUAAACGUGAACGAUUUCCGAUUGUAUUUCAUUUUAUUGUUGAUCAAUUACCAUAUGAAUUUAUGAAUAGAUUAAUGUCUGAUUGGGGAUUAGAUGGGAUCAGUGUACAAUUUUAUCCGAUUAAAAACUAUGAAGCACGGGUCAAAUCAUUUAAAUCUGGACAUCACGCUGGACAUAAAAGUUAUCUCAAAUUAUUAAUUACACAAAUUUUACCUACUGAAAUCAAGAAAGUUAUUGUACUGGAUGCAGAUAUAUUAUUGAAUGAUGAUAUAUCAAAUCUAUGGAGCAUAUUUGAUGAGUUCAGCAAGGAUCAAUGUAUCGGUAUUGCCGCGGAACAGAAUCCAACUUUCUACAGCAAUAUGGGAAAAAGGUUUUGGCCAGCAUUGGGUUACGGUUAUAAUGCUGGUAUUUUAUUAAUUCAUUUAACUAAAUUACGAGCAAGAGGUUGGGAUGAAAUUUGGAUGAAAACUGCAUUCAAUUUAAUGAGAGAAAAACGCAUUUUACCAACUGGUGAACAAGAUGUUAUCAACGCUGUAUUGAAUCGAAAUAAACAUUGGUUAUACGAAAUACCUUGUAAAUGGAAUAUUCAACUAAGUGCAUUUUCAAUGCGUGAACGUUGUCCAGUUGUAUGGGAAUUUUUACUGAAUAGGGAUGAUGAUAAUAAUAAUAAUAAUUACAGACGAAAAAAAACACUACGUGACGAUAUUGUAUUACAAUAUCCAAAUGCUAAAUUAAUACAUUUUAAUGCACAUGUAAAACCAGAGUACUUUUUUCCUACUCCAUUAAGAUUUCCAUUACCUUUUGAUAAAUCCGAUGAAUAUCAUUCAACUAUUCAAUUAUCAAGAAAAUAUUUUCAAUUGUAUUAUAAUUUACGAAGUAUGAGUCGAUAUUGUUUCCUGUAA